AGAAACCCACUCUUUAAACAGGCACAAAGCCACCAAAUCAAACCAUAACAAGAAAUCAUCACCAUCUCAGCGGUUCACUAUACACUGUCACGCGCUCUCGCUUCAGCAUUUUUUUUUCUUGGAUCAACAACACACCGUUUGAGUAUCAUCAUCAGUCCUUUUCUAUACUCAACAGCAUCCUCUCCAUAUUCAGCCAAAAAGCUCCAUAAACUUGAGCAGGUCGAAGCUCUAUCACACUCAAUUACGAGAGCGCCUGGGAUUACAUUUGUUAUUCCAAUCUUUAGCGCACAUCAAAUCCCUGCUAUUUAUGGAUCAAACUAAAAGAUGGCUACUACAACCUCUACAACAACCAGAAAGAGAUCAGUACAAGACUUCCAAUUUGGAAAUCGCAUAGGAGAAGGCUCUUACUCAACUGUUUACAAAGCUGUGGAUAUCCAAAGUAAGAAAGUUUAUGCCAUAAAAGUACUUUCCAAGAAACACAUCGUGAAGGAGAAAAAAAUCAAAUAUGUCAACAUCGAAAAAACAACUCUAAACAGAUUAGGUCGUCAUCCUGGUGUUGUUACUCUAUACUAUACUUUCCAAGAUGAUGCAUCAUUAUAUUUUGUGAUAGAUAUGGCCGAGUUUGGUGAAUUGUUAACAAUAAUAAGGAAAUUGGGUUCAUUAAGUGAAGAAUGCUCGAAAUAUUACAUGAUCCAAAUAAUAGAUGCUGUGGAUUUCAUGCAUAAAAAGGGAAUAAUACACCGUGAUCUAAAGCCGGAAAAUAUUCUUGUCAACUCAGAUAUGAAGCUAAUGAUUACUGAUUUCGGUGCUGCAAAAGUACUUGAUUUAGACGACCAAGGAAACAUUAUUGAUAGUAAUGCCACUGAAGAAUCAUUUGCCAAAGGUUCAUUUGUUGGGACUGCUGAAUAUGUUUCACCAGAAUUGUUGAAAUAUAACAAGUGUGGUUUUGAGUGUGAUAUUUGGGCAAUCGGUUGUAUAUUGUACCAAUUCCUUGUUGGGGUACCACCAUUCAAAGGGAAAACUGAAUAUUUGACUUUUGAAAAAAUCGUCAACUUGCAAUAUCAAUGGCCAAAUUUCUAUAUUCCAUCAACUAUAAAAGAUCUUGUUGAUAGUUUAUUGAAAACUAAUCCGUUUGAUAGGUUAACUAUUCCACAAAUUCAACAGCAUAAAUGGUUUGGAAAUUUCAAUUGGGAAGAUAAGAAUAGAAUCUGGGUCACGAAUCCUCCAAAAUUAGAACCAUAUCAACCAAUCAUCCAACAACAUAAUGAAAAUUCUCAACAACUGAAAAAAAUUCUUAACCCUCCACAACCGCCUGCUCUUACUUCAUCAAGACCAAGAUCUCCAAAUUCACCUCUAUCAAGACCCCUACAGCAAGCACCUCAACCACAACUGCAGAGAGUGCAUUCACCACAAGCUAUGCCACAACAAAGAAUUGUUCAGCCAAAACCACCAGUUCCUCAGCAACAACAAAGUUAUCAUCAAGUAUCGCCUAUAAAGCAACAGAUACCUCAACAAUCUAACUUUCAACAAAAACCUUCUGCCCCUGCAUUUGUUCAAGCUAUUAAACAGCAAGUCCCACCUCAAAUAAAGUCACAACAACCUACACCUCAAUUGGCACCUGCUUUGGUUCCAAUGUCUUCACAAGUUAAGCCUCAAACAAUAGUGCAACAAACUCAGAAACCAUCAAGGCCACCACCACAACAAAGAUCCACAUCUCAGCCUUCAAAGAUCCAACCCCCACUUACAACAAGACCAAGUCCUGCACAGAAAAGUAACUCAUUCAGUCCCACAAAACCACCAGCUAUCAGACCUGGCACUAAUAGAUCCUCUCCAAGCUCUACGUCCUCACCAAAAUCUCCAUUAAGAUCAUCGUCUUCCAAUGGAACGAGUGGGAAACUACCAUUAGAUAUUUCUUCAAAACUAUCACAGUGUGAGAAUAUCAUAAAGCUAGACUACAUUAAUGAAUCUGAGCUGAUUUACUCUUCGCUAUACACUUUUGAUCCAUCAUCCCCAUUGUCGAAUUUGAAGAAAAAUUUAGGAUUAGAUGACGUUAGUAUAAAUGAAAUUAUUAUGAAGAAUGAGAAACUUUUGAAAGAUGAUUCUAAAAGAGUGGUUAUGAUGAUCACUGAUGAUGGGAAUUUGUAUUUGUUCAAAAGUUCAACACUGAAGAAGUUUGAAUUCUAUUUGAAAAUUGACUUGACUGACAAGAUGUUUGCAAUGUAUGAUUAUGAAUUUAGUGAAUUUAGUGAAUCUGGUUAUUUAAUUCUGGAAAUUUCCAAGAUUGAUAAACUUAUUUUUUUGGCACCAUUAUCAAAAGAAGUUAAAGAAGACUUGAGAGAAAUCAGUAAUAUUCAUAUUGGAUUAAACUUGAGUUGGAUAGAGGCAUUAUUGAAAACAAAAGAAUUUUUGAAGUCAAAACCAUCAUCACCUCCUGUUCAAUCACCUGCUUCAUCACAACCAAUGACAAAAUCUUCAUCAACAACAAGUGUUACCACUGCACCAACUUCGAGUACAUCAACUGUCAAGAAAUCUCAAAGCGCUACAACAGCAUCUACAACCUCAUCUAGUUCAAAAGUCAAAGUUAGUAAUGGCGUCAAUUCAAAUGGUGGUUCAAAAACAAUGAAUUCCAAGACAAAACCUCCACAAGCUAAACCACCAAAGAGACCAACUAGUAAAUCACCAACUAUAACUACACAGCAACAAAUACAACAACAAAAUAGAAAAUUUGCAGGAGGUGCAGCAGCAGCAGCUUUUAAUGCAGCUACUCGUUGA